AGGCAAGAGAAAAAAAGGUUGAGGAUGGAACAAGGACUGAGGAUGACAGCCACUCACACGGCAGCUCAAGCCUGAGGUAUUUCCAACGCCCAAAUUCCGACAAUCACAGUCUCAAUAGUUUUUUUUCCUAUCACCCUCAGACCAAAACAAAAUAUUUGACAGUACAAAGACUGUUUAAACGCAUGAACGGCACAGAUAGAAAAUGGCUCACAUACUGUGAAGAGAACCACACAUUGUAUUGUGGAGUAUGUUUAGCAUUUGCCAAGCCAUCUGAAAACAAUCCCUUUGUAAGUGGCAUGCAGGACUGGAACCAUAUCAGUCAGAGAGUAGAGGAAUACGAAAGGACCAUCAUGCAUAGAAUGUGUGCGGAGGCCUACUUUUUGAGGGCAUCCAAAUCAGACAUAGCCAGCCUACUACAUGGAUCCCAAGUAGUGGCCCACAGAGAUCAAGUGAAGAAGAAACGGCAGGUGUUGGAACGUGUGGUAGAUGUAGUAAAGUUCAUAGGAAAGAGAGGACUUGGCUACAGAGGGAAGGAAUAUGAGGCAGCAUACACUCUAGAUGAUGACAACAUUGACCAUGGGAAUUUUCUAGAGCUCAUCAUUCUUCUUGGAAAAUAUGAUGUGUGUCUGAAAGAACAUAUCACUGAGUGCACAGAAAAAAGUAAGAAGAUGCACCAGUCACACUCACAGGCUAAAGGUCGGGGUUCUGCUGUAACAUUCCUAUCCAAAACAACUGUAAACAACGUCAUUUCCACAGUGCAGAGGCUAAUUCAGGAGACCAUUGCAAAAGAGGUUGCUGAAAGCGGUAUGUUUUCUGUACAAAUAGAUACAACCCAGGACAUUACGUCCCAUGAGCAGUGUUCUGUGAUUCUGAGAUACGUCACAGACACUGUCCAGGAAAGGCUUCUUGCAGUGGUCAAAUGUGAAGCAUCCACUGGCCAAUAUUUUGUCCAGAUGCUGACAGAUGUAAUGGAUCGUUUUGAUUUGGAUAUCAGCAACUGCAUCAGUAAUGCUACAGAUGGUGCAUCCAACAUGCAGGGUCAAUAUCGAGGCUUCUCCGCACUCCUGUCAUCUAAAGUCCCAAACCAUAGUUCCGUGAAAAGUUUUGUGAACAGUCUGGACAUGUCUGAAGACAAGUCAGGACAAGUAGAGCUCCACCCCACCACUGGUUUGGAAGAAGGAGUGCAUCAAGAAAACAUAGUGGAACCUGAGGUGUACAAGAUUUUUGCAAAGAAAAGUCAAGAAACGCAGACAGCAGGCGAGAUCAAAAAAGAGUUUGCACCGCUGCCCCUCAAGGUGGAGGAAGAGGGAGGAGAUAUUUCCCCGCAGCCAGAAGUGAAAAUAAUCCUGUCAAGCACCGUAUGGGAAACUAAAAGCGGACCCUCUGGGCGCUGGUAUUACCGCUCAAGCCGUGUGGUGACGUUGGCCAUUCGGGAGGCUCUGCACCAAAGCCAGCUUCAUGUGUCAGAGAGGAGAGUCUUUGGAGCUACCGAGGCGAUUCUGCACAAUCUCAGAAACACCAGACUCUUUGAGGCUAAAAUGGAGAAGAUUUACGGCCAGCUGGUAGAUAACGACGAGACCCGUCUGAAGACUAUAAGAGCAGCUUGGGCCUUUUGGCAGCAAUAG